AUGCAUGGGUUGUUGAUCAGAUACUGAAAAUACCAGCCAGCUUCCUCCCCGGCGUGUAAUUUGCGAGUAACGUAAGUGGUUAAGGCCUGAAUUUAGCCCGUUUCGAAAAGACCCCGACGGCCAGAUCGAACGUAAUGGGCAGCCACAACCGAUUUGGCGGGCCUGCUCUACUGCAGCGAAUCAGGGGCCGUUCCAAGCGUCCCAGAAAGCUAGCCCAUGAUCGUCUUUGCGCAGCGCUACUGUGGCCGUUGUCUUCAACAAGCCGCAGCGAGCAGACGGGAGAAGCAGAACCUCAAGCAAAGGACGUACAUGGCACAAGUGAGUUGAGGCUUGCAGUGCUCAGGUAAGACAUGCAUGUCUCAUUUGCAUGGCAUGCUAUGAUGCUAGUACUGCUCUGUAUACCUCCGUUACGGUAGGGUGUCCUACAAAUGAUGGAAUAUCGUAACAAAUCCCCGGUUCCCUAACGCACCACACGCAUUCUCACGGCACUAUUGCAGCUUUUGGGGAAGGGAGUCGUCUCCGUGGCCAAGGAGGAAAGAGCUGCAACUCAAGCCGUCUUUUUCCGUCGGUCUGACCAUGCGGUGAUGCGUGCCUCCAUCCAAUU